CUCAUUUCUGACCGUUUAAAAUUUUUACUUGCACAGAAACCAACUAUGAGAAAUCAUACAACAGUGACAACUUUCAUCCUUCUAGGACUGACUGAUGAUCCAGAAUUACAAGUCUUGAUUUUCUUCCUUCUAUUUUUUACCUAUUUGUUGAGUGUCACUGGUAACUUGACCAUCAUCAGUCUCACGCUCCUGGAUUCACAUCUGAAAACUCCCAUGUAUUACUUUCUCCGGAAUUUCUCAUUCCUAGAAAUCUCUUUUACAUCUGUCUGUAUCCCUAGAUUUCUAGUCAGCAUGACAACUGGUGACAAGACAAUUUCUUACAAUAGCUGUGCAGCUCAAUUAUUUUUUACUAUCUUCCUUGGAGCAACCGAAUUUUUCCUUCUGGCUGCCAUGUCCUAUGACCGCUAUGUUGCCAUCUGCAAACCCCUACACUACACAACCAUCAUGAGUAGCAGAGUCUGCACCAUACUUGUCUUCUCUUCCUGGCUGGCUGGGUUCCUUGUUAUUUUUCCACCAGUCAUUAUGGGUCUACAGCUGGAUUUCUGUGCUGCUAAUACUAUAGAUCAUUUCUUCUGUGAUGUUUCUCCCCUUCUGCAGCUUUCUUGUACAGAUACAAAGUUACUAGAACUGUUGACUUUGGUAUUAGCUAUUUUGACACUCUUGGUCACGCUUGUGUUAGUGAUUCUCUCCUAUAUGAAUAUCAUCCGGACAAUUCUGAGAAUCCCCUCUUCCCAACAGAGAAAAAAGGCCUUUUCCACUUGCUCCUCCCACAUGGUGGUUGUCUCCAUCUCUUAUGGUAGCUGUAUCUUCAUGUAUGUCAAACCUUCUGCGAAGGAAAGAGUAGCUCUAAACAAGGGGGUGGCUGUGCUCAGUACUUCAGUAGCCCCCAUGUUGAAUCCUUUCAUUUAUACCCUGAGGAACAAGCAAGUGAAAGAGGCUUUUAAAAACAUGGCCAAAAGGAUUGAAGUUUUCUCCAUCAAAUAA